ACCACCCGGAAUCUUUUCUCGGAAGUCUUCACUUCGGGUCCGCCAACGUCGAUCCUUUUGCAACUCUGGCACACAAUCCUCCCGUGCGAAUUGAGUCUCUUCUUUUUUAAUUAAAAGCAAAGCAACAGUUAGCUAGCUAGUAUCCACCAUGGUACAAGACGCAGCCACAAGCGCUGGAAAUGAGACCCCACUGCUGCCAGGUGACAAUAUUGGAGGGUAUAAUAGUGUGGAGGUUGUAUCCAAUGACAAUGAUGACGCCAUUAGCGACGCGUCUGAUUUCGACGAGGAGCACGGUACUACUCCCACAGAGGCUUUUCUCAACUUGUUAAAGGGAUACUUUGGUGCUGGAAUGCUCAGUCUCCCCUGGGCCCUGAGUCAACUAGGCGUUGUGUAUGGAAGCAUUGCUGUGUUUGUCAUGGCGUUUUGGUCAAGUUAUAAUUGCUGGACUGUCGUCAAAUUGAAGCGAUUUAUUGAACGAAAUCAAACUUACAAUCUCAAUCUUGCUGGAGGAGAUGCUGGCAGUAUCAAGAGCAGUCCACAUUCUACCACUGGCAGUGCAGCUAGCUCAGCCACAACCCGAACCAACUUGACCUUUCCUGAUGUGGGAGAAUGGGCCUAUGGAACGAAAUUCCAAUCCUAUGUCAGUAUUUGUGUCUGUACCCAACAACUCGCCAUCUGUACCGUCUUUAUCAGCUUUAUUGGAGAAAAUCUACUGGCCGUGUUGGACCGACUAGAGCUGACCGGAUUUAUUGACAGUCAUAUUGGAGUCAUGACACUGUGUCUUCCCUGUGUUUUAUCUCUGAGUUUUCUUCCGAGCAUGAAGAGUCUUGCACCUGUCAUGGCGCUCGGCACUAUUUUGCUAGGAUUGUGCGUCGCAUUGCUGGGGGUUAUCAUGGGCAAGGAAUGGGAUGCCCGUCCCGAAGAACUGCCUGAACUUAAAUUGCCACAAAUGCCAUUGGCAGCCUGUGCCAUUCUCUACAGCUAUGAAGGAAUCUGUCUCAUUCUACCCAUUGAAUCUUCCAUGAAAGAACCACAACACUUCCAAAAGGUCUUUGUUGGAACCAUGACAGUGGUUGCCACCAUUUUGGCAGCCUUUGCCACCAUUUGUGUUGUUACAUUUGGAAAUGUCACCAAUGGCAGCAUUACCGCCUUUUUGCUCGAGGCCUACCGAAAGGAUCCCUCUGUCACGUUUUACCUCAUGGCGGCAAACACGGCUGUCAGUUUUUCCGUGUUACUCUCCUAUCCACUGCAACUCUUCCCCGCAUUGGAACUCAUUGGAACUACACCAUUGGCCCGAUGGUUGGGUGGAAUCGGUAAGGGUCCGCAAGACGAUGAUGAUGAGGAAGAUUUGACUGGGUUUGAACCGCUACCUCCCUUGCCCGAAGGGGAAGUGGCCGACUUGGAUUCCUUGCCAUCGGAACAUCAAUAUGGAUUGGAAAGUGACAACAACGAGGGUGGAAAUGAAAAGAAUGACGACGAAGAAGAUGCCCGGUCGCUCCUUUCCCACUCAACCUUGAGAUCUGUCACUUCGGCACUGAUGCCACAAAUGGUCAUGCCGGGGGAUUCCAUACAGCUACGAGCAUUUCUGGUCGUCAUGACCUAUGUCAUUGCUGUGGCAGUUCCCAAUGUACAGGCGUUGAUUUCUCUUGUCGGUGCAUUGGCAGGAUCUUCCACGGCCCUGCUCAUUCCUCCCAUUUUGGAACUGGCUUGGAUACAAACCCUGGAAGAGCACCGUAAUACAAAAAACAACACGACACCUACUGACGAACAAGAUGCAGCAGGAGCAUCCUCACUGGGAUCACCGUUUACCCCACGACGAAUCCAAAAGGAACCGUUUGCUUGGUGCGGUGGAAAGUACUGGGGGUCCAAAAUCAAGUGUUAUAUACUGUUUGCGGUUGGGUUGGUGUUUGCCUGCAUUGGCACCUUUGCCUCCCUCACGGAUAUCAUUCGCAUAUAUCGAGGGUAGCUCCUGUAGCCAUGCAGCCAAGGGAGGAGGUGAUUUGCUAGAUUUGUACAACAAGCGACUUUUUUUUAGAAAGUAAUGAUCAAGAGAAUUUUUGUAAGAACAUUUCAUUUUGACGUGUAUCCUGGAGU